ACUCAAUCCUUCUCAGUGCGUUACUUCCGCUCAAGAGAAAAUGCCAGAGAUUAAGCGUUAGGCAAGAAGUUAGCUUUUUGUCUAAUAUAGGCUAACGCCGAUUUUCUUCUCGAAGUAUUUUUCGCGUAACUGUUUGGUGUUAGUUUGAAGUUAACAAGAUGACCAACUUUUUGAUGUCGAAAAGGAACCAGUGUACCUUCAUAGACUAUCUUCUUCCUCAAAAUGGAGUCCUGGAGGGACCAAUGCACUAUGGAUCGGGGAAAUCCUCUCCGCAGAAUGCCACAGGCUCCUCUAAAGACUCUAGCAACGGGAUUGUGUCUAAUGGUACCCCCAAACGGCCGAACAACCUCGGGGUAACCUCAACAAACGGGUAUACAACAAAAGCUAUCCGGGACCGGGAGGAAGACGGUUCGUUGCCGAGCACCCCGGAGUAUCAUUUGGACGGUGAAUCCGACGAGGAGCUGGAGAGAGAAACGAAACUCCUUAUUCACAGUUUUUUGGGUGAUUUUACUGGACUUUCUCAGCCUCAACGAAAGGAAACCAAAGCACUAAAAACGAUGAAAAGAGUUGUUGCGGACGUAUUAGAAAAGCACAGAUACGCUUACAACGGAAUGAUUAAUAAACUGUCAUUGGAUGAAAGACACGAGGAUAUGUCAUUUGUCGGUGCUGUAGCGAAGAGCCUCUUUGCAGACCACACGACCAACUGGGGUCGUAUUGUCAGCUUUGUGGCCUUCGGAGCAGUGGUGUCUCAGCACCUGAAGGAAAAGGGCAGAGACAACUGCGUGGCGCUAGUGAGCCAAGAGGUUUCUGCAUACCUGCUGUCUGAACAGCGAGACUGGAUUGUCAAAAACAAUGCAUGGGAUGGCUUUGUGGAGUUCUUUCGAGUAGCAGACCCUGAGUCCACGGUCAGGAACACACUCAUGGCCUUUGCUGGAUUUGCUGGUAUUGGGGCAACACUGGCCCUGUUGAUCAGGUGAAUUUGUUGGACACUGAGCGACCUCCUUUUUUUUUUUUUUUUCUCUUCUUCUUCUUCUUCCCCAUUGGACACCUUUUCAGACCCGGGAGGUGGAAUGGACAAAAGGAAAAAUGUUUCAAAUUACAUUAUUUAAUUCACAGAGAUCUAUUUUUGCUAAAAGAUGCCAUAAUAAAAAGGAAAAAGACAUUUUUUUUCCUUUUUUGCUAGUCUUUUUUUAAUGAUUGUUUACUCACUAUAUUUUGUUGUAUAAUAAUGUUUUGGUGGCAGUGGUUUGUAAGAAUGACCCAGAUCAAAAUAGGAAGCGAAACCUGCAUGAUUCCAGUUUCCAAAGUCCAUUCAGAUCUUCUACAAUCUUUUGAGGAUAUCUGAAGUCAAGAGAGUGCUGGAGGAGGUGGAUUUGCAUGAGUUUGGCAGUACUUCCUGAUUAUGGAAAUGCUGGAACUGCACUAGGAGACAAGACCAACAACAUGGACUUUUGACUGUAAAAGGAUUCUGGAAAUUUUGAGUCUGUUGAAAAGAUGAACAAGGACUAAGAACAGUUGGGGGGGAGGGAGGCUAUGUGCUUGACACAAAGCAGUCUAUGAUCCAGCUGUAAGCUACAACCCUGUACAGAUCAAUUAAAGAUAUUUAAUUUACAUA